AUGAUGGAAUACGGAAGAACGCGCAAAAGGCCGCUGCCUGGAGGUCACCAGGGCGCAUUUGGAGCUGGCGCUGGGCGCGACAGCAUUCGAACCGCCAGCCGAACGAGAGUUGCUGCACGACCACCCAUCAGCCCCUCGGAACCAUCAUCCCCACCAGCUGGCUUGGUAUCGGCAGGGUCUUCGCGGGCCCAGCAAUCGGCACCCGCCACUGGUGGAGUACGCCGCUUGCGAUGGACAAUCGAAUGGAACGCCCGCAACGCGUAUUUUAGGGCGACAGGGGAAGAAGUUGGAGAGCAACCCGCAAACGUGGAUGCCGCCGUGAAUACCCCAGUUGUGGUUGAUUCAAACGAUGAUGGAACAGUCGCCCAGGAACUGGAAUUAGAGCAUAUGAGGAGUACAUUAGAAGAGGCGAUUGUGGAAACUCGCAGUACGCCUCUUGAAAAUCGACCGCGACUUCCCCGCAUAGCCCUAAGCAAGCGGAAUCGGGUUGUCGUGAGGGCUCUGAACCCAAUGCUGGUUACCUAUUUGAAAGCCAGCCGGGACCUUUGCGAGACGGACCCAAUUCUUUUUGGCGCCGCACUGGCAGUCUGCCGUAUUAUAGGCGCCAAACUUUCCACUACUGGACAAAAUAGUGCUAUCCCAGCCUGGAGAAUAAGAGUUGAAGAAAUUAUCGCAAAGGCUAGGGCCCUCAUCGGCAGACUGAUAUGCUUCAGGUCAGGCAAUAACAGGCCAAGGAUUGUGCGCAUCGUAAGGAUGGCAUUUGCUGAGACAAAUGUUGGUUUGUCCCAGCCGGAUAUAAUGCAAAAACUGACGGAGCGCAUAGACGACCUGAAGCAGAGAAUCGCUGCUUGA